AUGAGGGAGGAUUGGUAUCACCAUGGAGAAGUAAUGUCAGGGACUGACAGUAGAAGCAAUGGAAGUGAGAAGAGGAAUGAGAUUUUAGGGUUAUACCAAGCAGCUGCCUUUGUUGAUGAAGAGUUUCUUAGGCAUGGUGACUUAAGUGAGGUUGCUGAAGGUGAAGAUAAGGCAGAAGAUGAGUUUCUUGCUAAGCUAGCCGAUGCAGAAACACCUCUGUAUCCAAGUUGUGCUAACCACAGCAAGCUCUCUGCAAUUGUUUCACUCUUUAGGAUAAAGACACAGAGUGGUUGGUCUGAUAGAAGCUUCGAUCUGCUGCUUGAGACUUUGCCACAGAUGCUACCCGAGGAUAAUGUCUUGCACACGUCCUUGUACGAAGUGAAGAGGUUUUUGAGAUCUUUUGAUAUGGGUUAUGAGACGAUACAUGCCUGUGUGAAUGACUGCUGUCUAUUCAGAAAGGAGUUUGAGAAGCUAGACAAAUGUCCGAAAUGCAAUGCUUCAAGAUGGAAGAUUAACUUGCGCACAGGUGAUGUGAAGAAAGGUAUUCCACAGAAAGUUCUAAGGUAUUUUCUUAUAAUCCCACGGCUGAAGAGGAUGUUCAGGUCAGAGGACAUGUCAAAGGACUUGAGGUGGCAUUUUACUAAUAAGAGCACUGAUGGAAAAAGCAGACAUCCGGUUGAUUCUGUUACUUGUAAUCAAAUGAAUGACAGAUACCCUUCAUUUGUCGCUCAAGAAAGAAAUCUUCGGCUUGGGCUGUCCACAGAUGGGUUCAAUCCUUUCAACAUGAAGAAUGUGAACUACAGCUGUUGGCCUGUUUUGCUUGUCAUUUACAACAUGUCACCUGAAAAGUGUAUGAAGGAGGAGAACAUCAUGUUGUCGUUGCUGAUUCCUGGUCCAAGCCAACCUGGUAACAAUAUUGAUGUGUACUUAGAACCGCUUAUAGAGGAUCUAAACCACCUGUGGGAGAAAGGAGAGUCAACGUAUGAUGCAGUCAGCCACACCACUUUCACAUUAAGAGCUAUGCUUCUCUGGACUAUUCAGGAUUUUCCAGCAUAUGGGAAUCUUGCAGGCUGCAAAGUAAAGGGCAAAAUGGGUUGUCCUGAUCUACCAGUUAGACACAACUUAGACGUUAUGCAUGUGGAAAGAAAUGUUGCUGCAAGCCUUAUAGCUACAUUGUUGCAUUGUGGAAAAUCAAAAGACGGUCUUAACGCGAGAAAAGAUCUGGAACUGCUUGGUAUUAGGAAGGAUUUACAUCCUCAACCCCGUGGGAAAAGAACAUACCUUCCUCCCGCUCCUUGGUGUGUGAAGUUAGAAGAAUCUAAGAUAUCAGGAUUGAAAUCACAUGAUUACCAUGUCUUGAUGCAACAGCUUCUCCCAGUUGCUAUUAGAGGAUUAUUACCUAAAGGUGUUAGGAUAGCUAUUGGCCGCCUCUGUGCUUUCUUCCAUCAUCUCUGUCAGCGGGUAAUCGAUGUAGAGAAAAUUACAGUAUUGGAAACUGAAAUUGUGGAAACACUCUGCAUGUUUGAGAGGUUUUUUCCUCCAAGUUUCUUCGAUAUAAUGAUGCAUUUGGUAGUUCAUCUAGCCAGGGAAGCUCGGUUAUGUGGACCAGUUCAUUUCCGAUGGAUGUACCCAUUUGAGAGAUACAUGAAAGUGCUGAAAGACUUUGUAAGAAACCUUGCAAGACCAGAGGGUUGUAUUGCUGAAGCGUAUCUUGCAGAGGAAUGUGUUAGGUUCUGCAGCCAGUUCUUGAAAAAAAACAACAAGUUAUGA